AUGAGCAGUAAUGAAAAAAAGAUGAAGUAUAGAGUAGAUAUUGUUAAUACAUGUAUUGCCACAGGCUUGCCUCUUACAGUAAGAAGCACAGCUGUUCAGAUAUUUGACAGAGCCAUCGGCAAGAUCAUACCGAAGGACGAGGAAAUGAUCAACAUUUUGUAUGCAAUCAUUAUACUUGCUGCAAAGUGUGAAGAGAUCCAUGGAGACCUGAAUGCCUUGAUUAGAAAACUACCAGACUCAAACAAGCAAAAGAUAUUCGAUUAUGAAGACGAGAUACUUCAGGUAUUAGGCUAUAAUCUACACUUCCCAAGCUUAUAUCUUAGAAUAUAUGGCAUUCUCACCAUUCUCCAAGAAAAAGGUAUUAUAGAAGUAACCAAUGCACAUAUAGAUUUGAAUGUCAGUAUUGAUGGAAAGUCCAAUGAAAUUUAUACAUUUCACAAUAACAAGUGGAUCGUGCCAUGCAUCAAUAAUCUUUGGUUGACGUCAGUCCAGAUGAUGGACAAGAUUUUAUUGCAUGAAAAAACAGGAUACAAGGAAAUUGAAAUGGUAUAUGCCAGUCUACCGUUUCCUUGCGAGGCAUUUACAUUACUUUCCUUUCCAUUUGAUGCCAAGAAUGUUACAGAACUUAGAAAUGCAUGUGUAAAAAUCCCUUUCUCAUUAUAUAAUCCUGAAAAUAUCUCUAUGUAA